AUGUAUUCCGACAACGGGACAAAUUUCGUCGGAGCCCGGAACGAGCUGCAGAGGCUUCAGGAAGCGUUCGAGGAGCAGCAGUCCAGCCUGAGGACGUUCGCGGCGGAGCAAGGGAUGGAGUGGAAGUUCAUCCCCCCGCGAGCAACGCACUUCGGCGGUUUAUCGGCAAAGUUCCUGAUCGUGCGGCAGGUCGCGGACGCCGUGCUCACCGAGAGCGAGGUGAGGACCGUGUUGGCCGAGGCCGAGGCCAUCAUGAACUCCAGGCCGCUCACUCCAGCCAGUACGGAUCCAAACAACGGAGAGGUGCUUACGCCAGGCCACUUUUUGAUCGGCCAGCCCCUUCGUUCGCUGCCGCAAGGGUGCGAGCCAGACGGACGGAGCAGCGGUACCACCUUUACCAAGAGGUGGCAACUACUCUCCGAGCUCAAACGACGGUUCUGGCAGGCUUGGUCGAAGGACUACGUCCACAACCUGCAGGGACGCAGCAAAUGGCAAACCCCAGAGGCCAACAUCGAGGUCGGCGCCAUGGUGGUGGUCCACAAGGACCAUACGCCGCCGCAGCAGUGGAUCACCGAUAGGGUCACCAGCGUCGUCGUGGGAGCAGACGGCAAGGUCAUGGUGGCAGAGGUCUGGAUCUGUUUCGGGAUCUGGAAUCUCUGCACAUAUGAUAUCAUCUAUAUCAUCUGGUCGAAUUCUAUCGACUAA